GCGCCACAUCCCUUCAACAACAAAUUCCCUAUUCUUACCGACACAGUUCCCCCCGUUAAAUUUCGAUUGAAAACCCUAGGUUUUGUUGAUUCGUUGUUAAGAAGGUUUCCAGAUUCAGACGAUGGGAUCGAAAUCGAAGAGUGAUAAUCCCCACUCUGGCGAUGGUGCAAGCCUUGGGAAAAUCUUCAUCGGAGGCUUACCAAAAGAUACUCAAUACAAUGCUUUCAAUAACCACUUUGCGAAGUAUGGAGAUAUUACUGAUUCUGUGAUAAUGAAAGAUCGUCAUACUGGGCAACCUAGGGGGUUUGGAUUCAUCACAUAUGCUGAUCCUUCAGUGGUAGACAAGGUUAUUGAGGAUACCCAUGUCUUUAACGGGAAGGAGGUUGAGAUCAAGAGAACAAUCCCGAGAGGAUCUGCUCAUUCAAAGGAUUUUAAAACAAAGAAGAUAUUUGUCGGAGGUAUUCCAACCACACUUACUGAAGAUGAGCUCAAGAAUUUCUUUUCCAAGCAUGGGAAGGUGGCGGAGCACCAGAUUAUACGUGAUCAUGGCACAGACCGUUCGCGUGGGUUUGGGUUUGUUAUAUUUGAUAGUGAGGAAGUUGUUGAUGAAUUGUUAUCCAAUGGAAACAUGAUUGAUAUGGAUGGUACUCAGGUGGAGAUCAAGAAAGCAGAGCCAAAGAAAGCCCCAAACCACCCACCUCCUUCAUUUGGUAGCAGGUCUAGGGCACGUUCUUUCUCAGAUGAAUUUGGUGGAUUUGGCCGCUCAUAUGAUGGUUUUGAUGGUGGAUAUGGACCUCCUUCUUAUAGAACACCUGGAGGUCUUGGAAGACCUGGUGGGUAUGGCGGGUAUGGUAGCGGUGGUCGUGAUUUUGGUGGUUAUGGAGAUUUUGGAGAUAGCACCCUAGGUGGUUACCGUGGUGAACCAUCUCUUGGUUAUGGUAGUCGCUUCGGUAGCUAUGGGGGUGGUUAUGGUGGUGGUUAUGGUGGAAGUGGUCUAGGGGGUUAUGGCAGAGGUGAAGGGUAUGGCUACGGGGGUCCUGGUUAUGGUGGGGGUUAUGAUUCUGGUCCAGGUUCUAGUUAUGGAGGAGCAAGCAGUCUAUAUGGCAGGGGAGGAGGCUAUAGUGGCAGUAGUCGGUACCACCCUUAUGCAAGAUAGAGAAAUGUGAUUCGUUCGUGCUUGCUCUAGGAGUUCCCCAUAAGUAUCAUAUAGUUUUGGCAUCUUAGGCUUCCUCAGCACUAGAGGUAGAAGCUGCUCCUACUUUCGCAAGUGAAGAAGCUCUAAGAGAUCCAAGAAUUUGGUGGUUUCUUCAUUAUGCUUUUUUUCUAGAUAAACCCAUAGACUGUUUAUUUAUGUUUGGUUAUAUGACAGGCUGACGAUCGAUAACUACUAUUUAGACCUCUUUGUUAUGGACCCUUGUAGGGUAAUUUAUUUAUGUUUGGUUAUAAGACAAUGUAGAUUGACUUUACAUUACUAGCUUUUGUGAAAGUUUGUUCGGAUUCAUUCCUAGUUAUCACUUCAGGUUUUUGUAGCUUUUUGGGUACCCCAUAGCAUUCAUGGAUUUGCAUUUAUUGUUUUAUCACUAUAAGUUGUACUCUUGAGAAGUUACCAGUGUCGUACGGUUUUGACCCUCUUGGGAGGCUUAGUUAGUGAAUAUGGUUCAAGAACCAGGCUAAUUCGACGUCGUCUGUAGAUUGAUUGACAGUUUUCCUUUGGCCAAUGAGCUAGCUCCAUCAGGUUCGGAAAGUAAGCAUGAGGAAAGUAGAUAUUCUCAUUAAUUGGUCGUACUGGUUCAUGGCAUUUACAUAUACAAGUCGAAGGAUGUUUUUUGAAGUGUAUAAUAUUUAUAUACCACAAAUACUCGCACACUUCUUUGUCUUUGGUGAGGUUUGAACCUCCAACCUUCUGGGAGGCUGGGCUCUACUGGGAACCCUGGGACCAUUGGUCAAUGACCCUCUGGUAAGUUAAAAGGAUGUUUAAUAUAUUUGCUUGACCUUUGUAUUAUUGUUGCUGCAACCAAGUUCGAGUUGCUGGGGUAGCUCAAGUCAACUGCAGAUUUUGUUUUGAAAAGGGUUUUGCAGACAUGUGUAUCUGAAGUUGCCAACAUAUAAAGAAGGUAAGGGUGUUGUAGCCAAAUGUUUGUUCUUUGUAGUAAAAAGAUGGUGAGUAUUUGCCAAUGUAUUUAGUCAUGUGGAAUGUACAUUUUUUUUCCUUUAUGGAAGUCUUCUUUUUGGGUACCGUGGGUAUCUGGGCCAGCUGAUGUGCAUCAACUAAUCCUCGGGCAACCACGAAUGGUUUGGUGUCAUCGCAUCCAGGUGAACCUUCAUGGCUACAAGGACCCCAGGUGGUAACUAGAUUUGAACCCCCGGAGAAGAGAUUUCCACCACAUCCCUUUUGAGUGUCUCUGGAUGACUGGAUUCAACUUAUUCUGAUUGGGAGAAGUUGCAGCUAUGCAUGUUAUUAGAAGUUUGGAAGGUCGACUUCAAUUUUCAUGUAAAAUAUGAAUAAAGAAAAAUCGGUGCUCAUAAUUUUUGGGAAGUUUGAGAAUUACUGAACUAUGCUAUUUUAUACAAGAGUGUGCUUGGUUUCGU